AUGGCAUGUGCCGAACUGGAUGCCGCAGCCGGUAUCGUGUCCUCGCAAGCCACCACACCUCUCUCCGUCGGCGCAGCUCCCGCAGCAGCAGCUGUACAAAAAACGACGAGUAUAGUCCGGGGACCAGCACAGGACACUCAAGUAAAGCACGAUAGGGAACCUUCAGCAUCAGCAGAACCAUCACGGCCAACUUCCUCGAUUGACGUCUCUUUACCUCCUAUGGAAGGACUUUCGGACGAGGAACGAGCACACAUCGAGGCCGUGAUGGCAAUGGCGGAACGUGAUCAAGCCGCUUCUGUACCACCUCCACCGGAACCACAACCACCACGAACAAGGUGCGAAAAAAUUUUGUCAAGUUUUUACCACUCAUAGGU